AUGGACGACGAGUUUCUUUCCAACUUCUCCGCGGCGCUGCCCGGAGACCCCGCGGCUCCGAACCCCAACUCCACCGAGGAGCCCGGCUGGUGGUCCGGCUCCGGGGACGACGGGGAGACGGUGCACUUCGUCGUGCGCUGCGUCAUGUCCUCCGUGUACAUCCUGAUCAUCACCGUGGGUCUCGUGGGCAACAUCACCCUGGUGAAGAUCUUCAUCACCAACAGCGCCAUGCGCAGCGUGCCCAACAUCUUCAUCUCCAGCCUGGCGGCCGGAGACCUGCUGCUGCUCGUCACCUGCGUGCCCGUGGACGCGUUCCGCUACUUGUCCCAGGAGUGGGUGUUCGGCGAGGCAGCGUGUAAACUCAUCCCCGUCAUCCAGCUCACCUCGGUCGGCGUGUCCGUGUUCACGCUGACGGCGCUCAGUGCAGACAGGUAUAAGGCGAUAGUGAACCCGAUGGACAUCCAGAAGUCCGGCGCUGUCUUCUGGACGUGUCUGAAAGCUGUUUCUAUCUGGCUGCUGUCCGUCCUGCUCGCCGUCCCGGAGGCUAUUUUCUCCCAGGUCGUCACCAUGCAGGGUCACCGGGAUCACACCAACGCCACCUUUGUGAACUGCGUUCCGUACCCGCUGUCCAAUCAGAUGCACCCAAAGAUCCACUCAGUGAUGAUCUUCUUGGUUUACUUCCUGAUCCCUCUCGCCAUCAUCUCUGUGUAUUACUACCACAUCGCCCGCACGCUCGUUAAGAGCGCCCACGACAUGCCGGGGGAGGUCAGCGAACACACCAAGAGACAG